AUGCCCCGCGAGAUCUCCCCAAGCAUAACCACGCCAGCCGCUCCCAACAGCGCCUCCACGGACACCGGCGCCCCCGCCAUUAGCUUACAACGUGUGAGGCAGGAGCUCUAUUCCGCCAGCGAUUCCGAGUCAGAUCUAGACCGAGUUUGGGCCACCGAACCUUCGGCACCGCGAUCGUAUGGUCACCAUGCAGCCGACGCGGCGGAUGGGGCGGACGGGAACAUGGUGCGCGAUGUGCCAGACGUCCUUCAGCCCGGCCCCGCCUCUAGGACCCCCGAUUACUCUCGCGACCAGGAAAACCCCUGGGACGAGACCGACAAACCCACCGGCACCGCAGCCGUGACCGAUCCUGCCGAGGCAGAAGGCAUCCCGAAGGCGCUCGUCCCGGGACAGGUCCGACUCGAGACGAAUCCCUUUAAGCGCAAGCCCGUACAGGCGCCCGCGACGGGCCAAAAUGGCCACGACGCCUCAACCCCACCUACUGUGCCCGCCAACGCGCCGCCCCUCCCUGCGCCAACCGAUGACUUCUCGCAGCUUCGAGUUUCAGAUCCCCAGGCGAACACGAACUCUGAGCAGCCGACGCGAGACGAGCCGAGCUCCUCCAACAAUCCACACCAAACUCCGUCUUUGACCAGCCAGGCGCCUCAGAGUAGUAGUGUCUGGGGCUUGAACGCGCCGUCGAGUAUCCCCUCUGUUGGCCCGUCCUCCGAUUUUCCUCCCUUGCCGCCUGUAUAUCCCGAAGGGGGUGCCCCGAAAUCCUCAUUGCCGUCGUUACCAGCGAAAUCUCAGGGUGCGGCAGAGAUACUUGGUGGUCAGCCUGCCUGGGGCGACGCGGGUUCCCAAGAUAAGGGUAAGCAGCCAGACCUUGCAGCCUCGCAGACGCAGUCUGAGACCGCGGACGGCUGGAACCUAAUUGACCACGACCCCCUUCCGGAGCCUGCACCCGCAACUCUAUCGAGGAAAAGCACAUGGGAAAACUUUAUGGAUGCAGGGGACGAGGCGCCCAAGGAAACGGCCACUUCUGCCGCCAACCCUGCUACUACCGCCGCCGCUCAAGAGGCGCCUCCGGCUCUGCCACCACGUCCUCAGACAGCGGAUGAUGAUCCACCGCCGCAACCACCGAGGCCUGAGUCUUCGAGUGCUUCGAGCAAGUCAGAAACUUACCAGAUUAAGAACAUCAGCUGGUUCGAUGCCACCGCUGCCAAGAAUCCCCGGAAGUCGCCUAUCCUAGUGCAAAACGCCAACGGGCCGUGUCCAUUGGUUGCGCUUGUCAAUGCGCUCACGCUCACCACGCCCGCGAACCAGACAGACUCAAAUCUGGUGGAAAGCCUGAGGUCUCGAGAACAAAUAAGCCUCAACUUCCUCCUGGAAGCCGUCUUUGACGAGCUUAUGACGCAUAGACAUACCAACCCAGAGGUAUCGUUGCCGGACAUGCCUGAACUUUACGCUUUUCUGAAGGGCCUCCACACCGGCAUGAACGUUAACCCUCGGUUUAUUCCUGUCUCUGAACUGCCAACGGUUAAGCAGCAGCAUUCCGAUCGUGGAGGCCCCGCCCCUGGCACCUUUGAGAGCACGCGAGACAUGCAGCUCUAUGCUACCUUCUCUAUCCCUUUAAUCCACGGCUGGUUGCCCCCGAAAGCCGACCCGGCCUACGACUCCAUGGCUCGGCAGGCAUCCUCCUACGACGACGUUCAGAGCAUAUUAUUCCGGGAGGAGGAGCUCGAGGACAAGCUCAGCAAUUCCGACACGGGCCUCACCGAAGACGAGCAGCAACUUUACCAGGACAUUAUCAUCAUCAAGUCCUUUCUCUCUACCUCAGCCACCCAGCUUACGCCUUGGGGCCUCGAGGUUAUGGCCAAAGCUAUGCGCCCAGGCACUAUAUCCAUCCUGUUCCGCAACGAUCACUUCUCGACUCUGUACUGCCAUCCCCGCACGCGUCAACUUUUCACCCUGGUUACCGAUGCCGGCUAUUACACCCACGAGGAGGUCGUCUGGGAAUCUCUGGCUGAUGUCAGCGGCGAACGAACUGAAUUCUACUCAGGCGACUUCCGCCUAGUUGGCGGCCCCCAACAGCAGCAAUCGUCCGUGGGCUCCUCAAGCUCGAAUCCUGAUGCACGAGAGGGCGGGUGGCAAACUGUCCAGAGCCGGCGAUCACGGACUGACCACCACAGCGACGCAAACGUCGACAUGCCGCCUCCAUCAAAACACGAACAGGAGGACCGGGACUUGGCGUUGGCUCUGCAGCUGCAGGAGGAAGAGGAGCAACGUCACCACGCGGAGCAGGCCGCUCGUCGUCGCGAAAGCCAAUUGUCAGAACAAUUUAUCGAACAGCAAGGGAGACAAGGCACACCAGCCGGCCGCGCCGGCCCGCAGCGGGGGAGCUCUGUUAGUAUGGGCAGUGGCGGUCCCCAGCCACCAGCCAGAGGUAGUUCGGUUAACCAGGCGGCCGGUACAGGUGCUAGAGGCGGUAGACCGCCUGUACAGCAAGUCAGAUCCUUGAUCCCCCCCAUUACCCCCACCAACCGGCCCAGCGGCGGCACGGCGGAUGAUGCGCCCCCAAGCUACGAACAAGCAUCAAGGACAACCCCAUACGUACCCCCGGCAGGCCACCCAAGUCACCCGGAGAGCAGCCCGGGGAACACAGCUUCUGGAAGGCGGCCCACUAUCAACGGACAGGGCAGCGCCGGACCGAGCGGACCGGGAAGAGGGCGCCAGGGUCCACCACCGCUUCCCGUCGCCGGAAAUUCCCCCGCGCAGGCGGGCGGCAGCAGCGGGAAGGAAAAGGAUUGCGUGGUAAUGUGA